AACCACGUGAUCAAUCCACCGGAAGUAAGCAAAGCCUGGCCCCUCUCAAAAUGUCGGCGCCCAGAAAAGACAUGCUUCCGAACGAAGAUGGAGAGAUGGAGGAAAUGGAAGGGGGUGGCAGCGACGAAGACGAAAUGGAAGAAGAGGGAAAGGAUGGAGAACAGGAAACUCAAGUUUAUGUCCCCGGAAAACAGCCUCUCCAACCCGGAGAGGAGCUCGAGAUGGACCGGUCGGCUUACCGCAUGUACCACGAGUGUCAGACAGGUGCUCCUUGCCUGAGCUUCGACGUGUUGAGAGAUGCGAAUGGAGACGGCAGGGAACAGUAUCCCCUCUCUAUGUUGCUCUGUGCAGGCACACAGGCUGACGCUGCCCUCAGCAACAGACUGCUUCUCAUUCGCAUGCACAACCUCCACGGUACUACAGAGAAAGUGAAGGAGGGGGAGGAGAGCAGUGAUGGAGAGAGUGAUGAAGAUGAUGAUGAUGAAGAUAAGAAGCCACAGAUGGAAUUGGCCAUGAUGCCUCACUACGGAGGGAUCAAUAGAGUCCGAGUGACCCAUCAUGGAGAUCAGUCAUUGGCUGCUGUCUGGUCAGAGAAAGGUCAGGUAGAGAUAUUUGACCUCCGAUCCCAGAUGGAAGCCGUCUACAGUUCAGCUGCCAUGUCAACCUUCGUCAAACAGCAGAAGGAAGCCACGCCCCUCUUCAGUUUCUCGGGUCACAUGACUGAGGGCUUUGCCAUUGAUUGGUCGCCCAAAGUACCCGGUCGGCUGGUCAGUGGCGACUGCAAAAAGAACAUCCACGUGUGGGAACCACAGGAGGGAGGGACUUCCUGGCAGAUCGACCAACGGCCUUUCAGUUCUCACACCAAGUCCGUGGAGGACCUACAGUGGUCCCCCACAGAAGCCACGGUUUUUGCGUCCUGCUCUGUGGAUCAGUCCAUCCGGGUCUGGGACACCAGAGCCCCGCCCAACUCCAUGCUCUGUGCCAAGGAGGCACACUCCUCAGAUGUCAACGUCAUCAGUUGGAACAGGACUGAACCAUUCCUCCUGUCUGGCGGGGACGACGGACUUCUGAAAGUUUGGGACUUGAGGCAGUUCCAGUCGGGCCGGCCGGUGGCUAACUUCAAGCAGCACAGCGCGCCAGUGACAUCAGUAGAAUGGAACCCUGUGGACUCCAGCGUGUUCGCCGCCUCUGGAGCGGACGACGUGGUCAGCCAAUGGGACCUAUCGGUAGAGUCAUGUGAUGUGGGUGCGAGGGAGGAGGGGGUGAAGGACCUGCCCCCCCAGCUGCUGUUCCUGCACCAGGGUCAGACAGAGGUCAAGGAAAUCCAUUGGCACCCGCAGAUACCCGGGGUGAUGGUCUCUACUGCUCUGUCAGGCUUCAAUGUGUUCAGGACCGUCUCUGUAUAGUUGUGUGUGUGUGAGCCUGGUUUUUUACUUCUCAGUCCCCUCACUGCUCUGUUGGCAUGCAUUUACCAUGUACUGUGCAUGUAUGUUAUUCCUUCUGGCCUUCACAAGUAGCAUGUGUACCAACAUUUUCAAAGUAAGACACUUUACCAAAUUACUGUUUUGGUGUAUAUUUUUUUCUCAACCCAACAAAAUGCCUGUUGGUUGACAUGAAGGAAUGAGAUCAUGAGUUAGUCAUUUCGAUUGAUGUACACCCCCCUAUGUCUGUAUUUCUAGAGUGAUGCUAAUAUUACAUUUUGCUUUUAGAUCAAA